AUGCAGAUCGAUCGGAUCUUGCUGAUGAUUCGAGUGAUAUACUAUGGUUUCAAAGACGGAUCCCUGGGCGAUGGCGAUGGCGUCAUUGGAAAUCUCGGAAUCUUUUUCGGAUUGGAUUUGUGUGGCGGUUUAAGGCAUUCUCUUUCGGCCAAGACUCGGGGUUAUGGAGGAGGUUUCGAUCGAUCCGACGGAUCGGGUGUGGGGUCGAUUGAAAUUGAGAAAUCUGUGAGGUCCCACUUAUUAUUGAUGAGGAAUGGAGAGAGGAGAAAGAAGGAUACGGAUCCGUUUGAUUCGAAUCAUUUGGAUGGUGAAUCGUAUCUCGGUGAACCGGAUCUGUUUGAUGUGCAUCGAAGAUCUCGGAAGAAUUGCUCUUGGAAGGAAGAAGUGGUCGGUCGGAAACCAAAGGAAAAUGGGGUUAACUCUUUCAUCCGAUUUAGGAAAAAUCACAGUAAUGGGGGAUCACCGGAGACCCAUGCGAUUCGAUUUCAAAUUUUGUUAAAGGUAAUUCACUUUUCCGGAAGUAUACAAUGGGUUUUUUCAAGGAAAGUUGGGGAUUCUCUGAUUGAUUGGAGGGAUUUCGGGAUUGAUUCACACGGAUUUUCGGGAUUAAUGAUUGAUAUCACACCUCAGUAUAAGAAGACAUCGGAAAAUAGCGGAAAUACGCAUUCAUCUCUUUCGCUCUGUUUCUCUAGUUUGUGUCUUCUACAAGCUUGUCUCUUUGGUUCUUGUUUUAGCUUUAACACAACUCUGUGUUUUUGCGUUCUCGUGCAAGGAAUCCUAAUGGCUCAAGGUGGUUUAAUCGGUGACGGUGCUUCAAGCAAGGGAAACAAGAGCUCUGCCGCUCGGUUGAAGAUAACUGUGCCACGCUUUGACAACACGGUCUUGAUCAGGGGCUACUCCCGGACUCUGAUAGGCCGGUGCAUGAAUCCGGCGGCUCAAGACGUGCAAGCCUUGUUACAUCACAUGCCACGGUUCUGGAAGAUGGAGGAUAGAGUGGCGAGUGCGGAUCUGGGAAUGGGAAGAUUCCAGUUCGAUUUCGAUAGUGAAGAGGAUAUCGCAGAGGUUUUUAAGCUAGAGCCGUUCCACUUUGAUUACUGGAUGGUGUCACUAGUGAGGUGGGAACCGAUUGUGGAUCCUGCUUACCCGUCGGUGAUAAAGUUUUGGGUGCGUAUGAUGGGGAUUCCACUCCAUUUCUGGGCAGGAACCUACAUUCCGGUGUAUCGGGGAAGCCAUUGUGGAGAGGAGACAGUGGUGACUCUGCGUUAUGAACGACUCUUUGGCUAUUGCCGGGAGUGCUUCAGCCUGUGUCACGAUGUGGUGCAAUGUCCGGCUCUCCGCAGGGCCAGAGAAGAGAGGGAAAAUCAGAAGAGGCGGGAAGAAAAGCCCGAUGGAGGCCCUAUGAGUUACAAGGGAGUGGUCAUUAAUGGACCGAGGGAGGAGAAUGGGAAUGGGAGGCAGUCACACACCCAUGUUGGUAGUGGUGGUGAUUUGAAGGGGAAGGGGAAAGUGGUGGAAAACAGAGACGAGAGAGCUAAAAGACAGGCUGUGUUUCGGGGCAAUGGGAAGCAUGGCGGAGAAAGUUCAGGAGGCCAGAGGAAACCAGUGGGACAUGUACCACCAGAGCAGAGGAAGCGGAUCAACAGACCCACAGCUCCGGCUAGAAGCAUGAUGGCUCCAUUGUUGAUUUCCACAGCGCCGGGAACAGAGAUCCAACAAGAGGAAACGGGGGUUGAGCAAGUGGCGGAAAAUGAUGUUCCCGUGACCACUUUGGGGAACCAAGAGGAGGCGGUUCAAGAGGAGGGCGAGGAAGGAGAACUCUGGUGGAAUGAAGUGAUUGAGGAGGAGGAAGCGGAGAAGUUAGAAGAGGAGAUGGCGGAUCAGGUGGAACAGCGAGAAAUCACUGAUAUGCAAGUUGACGGGAGUGAAAAACUGGAGACUCUAGUCGGUGUGGAGCAAUUUGUGGAGUUGGAAGCAAAGGAGGUGGGGAAGGGUAAACAAGGGAUGGAGAGGAAAACAGGGGCAAAGAAGAAAGUGUUUCGGACUGCAGUCGGUGUUGGAGGAGGUCCACUCCGGCGUGUUGUUCAUGGUGCUAAAACACCGAAACGCAAGACGACUGCAAAGGGGACAAAGGAGACAAGGUGA